GCACAGGAUGAGUGUAGGGCAGAUAUGGGACCUCCAAUGUCUCAAGGAGGCUGAGAGCAAGAAGCCAAGGUAGAAAAGUCUACUGGAGAGUUUGCAAGAGGGAGGGAAAAGAAAGGAAGAAGAAGCUCACACUUGCCAGUUUCAGCCAGGAGCUUCUCACCAAGUGAGGAAGACAAGGAGCGAAGAAAUCUCAGAUCCACCUGGAGAAAAGAUGGCUUUGGGGAAUGGCCGGUGGCUCACUAACACUUCUGAAGCUUCUUACUCAUGGUGUGGUUUGAAACCAGUGGCUACUCCUGAAUUCUACUGCAAUCCAUCCUUGUCCUCCACAGUUUGAUGGACCUCAUGGAAGGUGUCAAUCAGACCCUACAGGUGACUGAAUUCUUGUUCCUGGGUUUCUCUGGCAUGCCCAGAGGUCAACCUUUCUUUUUUCUGCUCUUUCUGGCCAUCUACUUCAUCACCUUGGUGGCCAACUCAAUGAUUCUCAUCUUGAUCCAGCUGGAUUCGCACCUCCACAGCCCGAUGUACUAUUUCCUCAGCCAUUUGUCUUGCUUAGACAUCUGCUACUCCUCAGUCACGAUCCCAAAGGUCCUGGUGAACCUCUUGCACCAGCAGCCCACCAUUUCCUACAACGAGUGCAUGACCCAGAUGUUCUUCCUCAUGACAUGUGCUGGAUCUGAGUGCGCCAUGCUGGCUGUGAUGGCCUAUGACCGCUAUGCGGCCAUCUGUGAACCUUUGCACUAUUCUCAACUCAUGAGUAAGGAGGUGCGAGUCCCUCUAGCUACGGUUUCAUGGGUCUGGGGCCUUCUUGAUUCAGCCGUUCACACUGCCCUGGCCACCGAUUUGGUCUUCUGUGGAGCCAAUGAGAUCCAUCACAUAUUCUGCGAUGUCCCCCCGCUCUUGAAAAUUGCUUGCAGCGACACUUAUGUCAAUGAGAUGGCUCUUCACACAGCAAGUGUCUUUGUGGGCCUGAUCCCUUUCCUCCUGGUUGUCAUUUCCUACAUCUACAUCCUAUCUACAAUUCUGAAGAUCCGUUCUAGCACUGGAAGGAGAAAGACCUUCUCCACCUGUGCUGCCCACUUGGUUACUGUCAUUGUUUACUUUGGCAUGGCCAACUUGAAUUACAACCGUCCACGUGUGGGCUACUCUUUAGGGGUGGACACUCUGGUCUCCACCCUGUAUUGUAUUGUCACCCCCAUGGUGAACCCCCUAAUCUACAGCCUCCGAAAUAAGGAGGUCAAAGGGGCCCUACAAAAACUUCUGAGCAUUCAGGAGAAGGAAGAUGCAUCACCUGGAGAGCAAUGAAGGAAAAACUAGAUCUUCUUCCUAACCCUCUCUGCUUAUCCUUGUCUGUAAAGUAGCAACAGUUGGAGGGGAAGUAAGUACACAGGGGAAAGAAGACCAGGAGAUUCUAGGGAGAUCCACUGGUUAAUUGUUCUCACUCAACAAAUCUUUCCAAUUUUUGUUCAUAGAAUAAUCUCACUGCAGUUAUCAUGUACAAAAACCAAUUUCUGUAAAAAAAAAAUUCCAAUUGUUUGUCCAUCGAACCUCUGGGCUUAAUUGUAUAUUAAUAUUAAUCUUUAAAAUCCUCUGAAUUCCUAUGCUGAUAUAUCACCACCAUCAUUUUAUUAAAAAAUCAUUUUAAAGUUUAUAACGUAGCAUAAAUUUCAAUCCUUCAGUCCAGCUAUUUUCUCAUUGUUUCAUCCGUAUCUUACAACCGACCUUUUUAACCUCACAUUGUUUCCCUUGCUCUUCUGUUUCAAAUUGCAAAUGAAAAGGUUUAGACAUUUUAUCAAUUACGCUUUCAUCAUUUGUCCAAAAUUCUGUUUCAAACUUAAUCAAAACUGUGGAUUAUUUUGUCUAGUUCAAAUCUUUCUAAUAAUUCUAAAAAAAAAACAAAAAAAACCCACUGACAACUAUGUUCCUCUACCACCAGUUCUUCCCUGGAUUUUAUUUUAUAUUCCCCUUGACAAAAAUUUGGUGGUAAGUUAGCUGUUUGUGUUGGCCCAUUAUUUCUCCUCUACAAAAUGCUUAUCUGAAUAAAAUAAAAUCUUUGAAA